UAUUCACCGUAUGGAGUCGAUUUUCUUUAAGGGGACACCACACCAGAUUCACCCACAAUACUCAAUCUGCUGCUUUCCGCGGCGGACCCCGGUUUAUUCUCGAUCCAUACCCUUCCCUGCAAACUUCUAUAUAUACUCGGAUGCUUCAUUACCUCUGCACCUCAACGCGUUUAAGUUGUCUGUUUAAUUCACAGAACAGAACAGAGUUUUAACCUUUUCAAACUCAUAUUUUGAGUAAUGGGUAUUGCAAUUAAUGCACGCAACUGGUGGGCACUGAGGAGGCAAGACAUGGCCAUGGCUUCCAAGCCUUUUCGUCUCGCUACACCCAGUUCCUCUGCUCAACUCACAGCGAAGCAAUGCUCACACGAUGGAGUGAAAGCAGGGGCAAAGGCAGCCGCAAUUGCAUUUGUCGCAUCUGCAAUCCCCGUGAUGAUGGGAGCACGGGCCAUUCCUUGGGCAAAGGCGAAUCUCAACUAUGUAGCUCAGGCACAUAUCAUCUCUUUAGUCAGUGGAGCAGCAUACUUUAUUGUAGCGGACAAAACUAUUUUGGCCUCUGCCCGGAAAAACUCCUUUGAAGAAUUAGCGAGCAAUGGGGAACCCUCCUCCUGAAUGGCGGGAACAAAACUGUAUGUGUAUAAAGUAGAAGCUGCAAUCAUGGGUGCUUGUUAGGAUAUACAAGUGAACCUUCAAGAAUGGCAGGCUAAUGCUUAGGAUUUCAGAAUGUGUAAGAAAACAAGAAGCUUCCCAUUUCCCUCGAAAUAGGAAGAAAGAUGGAAGAAAUAUAAUAUAAUUAUUCAAGAUCAUUUAAGCCUA